ACCCCAGCGAGAUGUCCUGCCAGCAGAGCCAGCAGCAGCAGCGCCAGGCCCCUCCCCAGUGCCCCUCCCCCGAGUGCCCCCAGAAGAGCCCGGCACAGUGUCUGCCUGCUGCCUCCUCCUGCUGUGCGCCCAGCUCUGCGGGCUGCGGGGGCCUCAGCUCCAGCUCCGGGGGCGGCUGCUGCCUGAGCCCGCACAGGCGCCGCAGGUCGCACAGGUGCAGGCUGCGGAGCUCGGACUCGUGUGAUGGUGCCAGCGGCCGGCAGUGUGGGGGCUCUGGCUGUGGCCACAGCUCUGGGGGCGGCUGCUGACCUGGACCUGAUGCUGAGACCUGGAUUUCGGAGGAAACAAGAAUCCCAAGAGCCAGGGAGCGGCUCAUCUUGACGCGUGCUUUCCAACAUGUUCUGCCCUGGCUGCUUCAGCCUUGGUGCUGGGUUCCUGUCCUGGGUUCCAGCUCUCCCAGAGUCCACAUCCUGGCUCAUGCCCGCAUCUCAAGUCCCACUGAGGAUUGUACCUGCCCGGGCUUCACCUUGUCAAAAAAUAAAAAGCUCACUGUGUCCUCA